AUGAGUCAAUAUAAACUUGUUCAGGAACUUGAAGAAGGUAUUGUUCGACAUCAAGGAACCUUGCAUAGUCAACUUUCUGGCUUAGUUGACGGAUUCGUUCGAUAUCUAAAGGAGCCUCGAUAUCAAUCCCCGUUAACGUUACAAGAAUUAAGUCGACUCUUUGGACUUUUCUAUAAAGAUUUGAAUUCUGUUGCCUUUAACCUUUACUGCUUAUCCAACACGUCCAAGAAACAACUUAUUAACAACUGUGGUUAUUUCCGUGACCACCGUCAAGAUUUCGAUUACUUGAUGGCAAUAGCUAAUUAUCUGAGUAGCUCUAUUAAAUUGGUAAAACGAUCAGAUGAAUUGGCUAUGAAACAACUUCGAAUCUUUAACUUGUAUAAAUUCCAUUCCACAUUGCAUGCCAUUGAAUUGGCCCACAAUAAGUUAUUCCAGACAGUUGCUAAGGGUGAAGAUGUUAUGUUGUACGACAAGAUCUUUCGUUUUGAUCAGAAGGAUGUUAUCUUCCAGGAGUUCCUCGAUGAAAAGCUUGAAGCGCUAAGGAAAGAAAAUAUAUGCUUUUCUAUGUUUUACCACGACGAUUCAGAAACUGGUUUGGCAGAAUUUAUGGAUUCUUUAGUCGAGUCCAAGGAUACUGAAUUUAACUCUCAGCUUGAACAACUCACAGAGCAAUGUAUCGAGUUGAAGCAAUGUAUCACUCCACUUUCCAAGAUCCUUACCGUUUCUCAUAUGCAAAGAAACAUAACCAGGUUGUUGAAAACUCGGUUCCCGGAUCUCCAAAUCAGUAAUGAUAUUUUACUUCCUUCCUUUAUCUAUUUGGCACUAAGACUGGUUGAGCUUGAAGAAAUGUAUUUGACAUUUAUCUUCAUAAGUAAUUUCCUUGACACUUUUGAUCCCUAUCAUGUUGAAGUUCAUAAUAUCACAGUCAGCUCUACAUACAAUCCCACAGACUCAUCCAACCCUAUGUUGAAGUAUAGCUAUAAACCCAGAGUGAUGAACUUCUUUGAAAUGCUUAAUAUCUCCAACACCGAUGAAAGAACUUCAACUGAAGUCGAUUAUAUUAACCAUAAAAGUAAUAAUAGCAAUAAUGAUCAUAAUGAUGAUCAUAAUGAUAUGGACUUUUUCCCUGAUGAUAAGAGUCUAAUUCAAUACAUAUUGUCGAAUGAAUUCUUCUCUGGUGAACUCAAAUACUGUUUAACUAAUUUCGAGGCAAUGGUGACCUAUUUAUCCUGUGUUACGUUAGAAGAAUUAGAUCCAACUGCUCAUACUACAAAUAAGCUUUUAAAAGCUCCUUUAUCUUCAAUUGUUGAUCUAGAAUUGGAUACCCAUUUCAAAUUUCCUGAAGGGAUGAUUGAAGAAGAAACCAAAUCUCGUGAAGUUGCAACUACUACACGGGUAGAAAGUAGAUCACGGUCCUCAUCAAUUAUGAAUGCUAUAAAUAAUAAAAUCAACGAGAGCAGAUCAAGAUCAAAUAGCUCGAAUGUUCCCCAUCUAAAAAGAGAUUGCAUCCCACCACUUACUCAUGGAUCAGAUACAGAAUCUUCGGCAGGUUCACCUUCCACUGUUACAGAGGAGGAGAGCAAUAAUGGUAUUAAUAUGAUGAAGAAUCUCAUAGGACGCUUCAGUUCACUUUCUGUGACUCAAUUCAACGGCCAUGGUCCUGGUCCAAACCAAGGUAUUAUGAGUGCUUCACAGAAUGGUUCAAGUGAAGGUCAAGUUCCUCGACCAGAUGGUCUUCCAGCUGAUGACCAAAUACUAUUUACAGCCCAUAGACGUUCGGGAUCAUCUCUUAUGAAUAGGUUAUCUCCAAACAAUUCUCGUACUCGAUCGUCAUCAUUGGAAUUAGGAAUACCUCAUGGACGUAAGAGUAACAGUGUUACUUCCAAAUUUACUUCUGGCGUUUCUGAAUUUAUGCAGAAACUUAACAAUGUCACUCCUAAUAACUCGACUGGAAAUAUUCCGACCAUUUCUGCACUAGGAGGAAAUGGUGGAGGUGGAGGUGGCAGUGGGCUUUUACAUAAUGGUAGUCAUGGGUCUUUAAAUUCGCUUGAGAAUGGCUCUCGAUCUGGGGCAGAUGCUGCGAAUUCAAUGUCUAACGAUCCAACUCCAACAGUUCAUGGGCGUCGACCAGAUUUUUCUUCACCAUUCCGUGCUCGUACUACGAGUUUACAAAUUAUGGACCGAUGGUUUGGCAAUAUCAGCAGUCAAAGCACUACUAAUCCACAAAGUCCAACUGGGGCUAGUGCUCUGAAUACAACCUUACAAGCAUCAGCUCUGACUCUUACACCUGGGACGUCAAACGCAAUAAGAGGCUCUGGAGAAAUUAGAGGGUUAAGUUUUGCCGAAAUUACUCGGUUCCAACUGGCAAAUUUCGACCAACUAUCUGUGAAUGACCUUCGUACCCUUAAGAGUUACUACGACCAUUUGUGUCAGGAAUUAAUUGGUAUUCGUAGUACAAGUGCGACCACUAUUCCAAUUGAAAGCAAUGCAUGUGUGCCACCUCCUACCACCACCACGGUGACCAACAACAGCAAUACCGCCAAUAAUAAUACAGUUCCGGGGGACAUUGCGUCGCUUGCUACGUCCAACAGUGACAAUCCUAGUACCCUUGAUGAAAGUAUUUAG